GGCCUCGACCGGAUUAAACUUGUACAUUCCUGCAAGGAACCGAAGAAGCGAAUCGAUCGUGCGAGUCGUCUACAGUCCUUCGUUGCCUUUGAUUCAGUAGUACUUCCAGUGAUUUCUGCCUUGCGAUAGUAGAAACAUAUCGAAGUUUGAGCAAAUUGUCAUCGAUGACGAAAUGAUGUGAAUGUCGUAUCAAUCUUUCUAUUGCUUUUAACAGUGUAACACGAGCUGAUUGCAGAGAGACAUUACGAGAUGAAUGUAACGAUAUAAUUUGUGAGAAUUAUACGAAUACUAGAAUUCCAUCUCGGAGUUAUUGAUGACAAGAUAAUGUGAAUCUGUCUUGCAAAAUCCAGUUUCCACGCCGAUUUUAGCACGCAAUAUGGGUUGGUUAUCUCUCUGCGUUUGUGGCGCAAAAGGGAACUUUGACGACGAGAAGGCUAAGAAGAGCGGAAAACGCAAAAAAUAUAAGAAAUCCAAGAAACAUUUUGAACAGGAAGAUUUCUCGCAUAAAGCGCCGCCGCUUUCUAUCGAUGAGUCUUUGCUCAAAUUACAAGAUGAGCAGCAAAUCGAAAAGGAAACUGUGAAAGAUAGAUGGACGAACGCGUCAGUUGUCGAUCGUUUCGAUGACUACGCUAAAAAUCAGAUUGACGGAAAUAAUCGAAUUAGUCCAACGAAAAUCGACGAUUUGCCGAAUAAUCCUUGGUCUUAUCAAAUCCAUGAAGAUCGUGGGAACUUGGAGGAAUCUCGCAAGAACUCGGAAAGAAGCGUGGACGAAUCCGAUCGGGAGACACGUGGUAUCGAUUACAACGCGGUGCUGCAGUCGAGAUGUGCAUUGAGCACAACUGACGAAGAUGAGAAACAGGUCAAGUAUAUCUUGAACGAGAAAGAAUACGACGAAAAGACUCUGGACGAGUCUAUCUCGAGAUCGGUGGCAUCCGGAGAGCCCGAAGAUUUAUCGUGGACAUCAGAAAUUGAGGACAAACAGGAUAUGUUCGUAGAAUCGAACAUUGACAGGAAGUCCGAGGAGAGAACCUCCUCCAGGAUUAAUUUCUCCAAGGAUCAAGAAAACUUGAAAGGGAAAAUUUCAUCAAGGAAGCAAUCCAGAAACGUUCUUCCGCCGAUCAAAGGAAGAUCCUGCGUCGAGACGCGCAAUUGCUUUGAUGAGAAAUCGCAAGGACACAAAGAGACGAAUAAAUUUGGUUUUAAGAAAACCCCGGUGCUUUGCGAACAGAGAGAGAUUCGGCAGAAACUGAACUCGUGCAGUUUCGAGAUUCGACCGUUCGAAGAUGAAGAGCGAGGUGGAAAAACGAGAACCCACGGCGAGGGAUCCAUGAUACCUAGACUUGCGUUCUCCACGCGACUUGAUCGUGGGAAUUCAAUCAAGAGCGAUAGGAAUAAAUCGAAAAUUGUGCAAAACGGUCGCGUUCACUCAGCAGUCAUCUCUGGUGUCAAUUUAGACCAGCGCACCGUAACCGUAGAAUGGUUCGAGAGAGGGGAAACCAAAGGCAAAGAGGUGGAGAUCGACGCGAUUCUCGCCCUGAAUCGCGAUUUGAACCAAAAGGUGAUGGGACCACCACAGGCGAUGAACGACCAUAUGUUAGCAUCGAGGGCAAGGGAGCCGGACUCCUCGGCUGAGGAGGACGAGGGGGUCGACGAGUCGGAGAACCAAGAAGAGGGCUCCCUCGGACGCCAUGGCGGUCACACCGCAAGAAACGGCCUCGCAUCCGCAACGCUUCCUCACUCCACCAGACCAUCUAUUCCAGUGAAAGCUGGUUCAAAUAGGCAAUUGUCACGGCCGACCAGCCGUCCGACGAACAUAAUGUCAUCGACUACGUCAGUGAACGGGCACGGUGACUCGGUUUCCGGACUCACUGGACGUCGGGAAGUCGAAAACAUGUUGCCGACGCCGACGGCGAUCACGCAAUACAAUCUAGCAACGUCGCUGCAAAACAAACAGCAGAAACAGGCGCAACAGCAGCAGCAGCAGCAACAACAGCAACAGCUGCAGCAGCAACAAACACAGGUGGAGAACGGUCGGAGUAAGCGGUCCAAUGUCGUCAAGGAAGUCGAGAGACUGAAGAAGAAUCGAGAGGAGAGAAGACAGCGGCAGGCGGAAUUGAAAGAAGAGAAGGAAGCGUUGAUGAACCUGGAUCCAGGGAAUCCGAAUUGGGAGUUCCUCGCCAUGAUAAGAGAAUACCAGAACAGUAUAGAGUUCAGACCGUUGCGGGAGACCGACGCCGUGGAGGAUCACCAGAUCACUGUGUGCGUGCGAAAGCGUCCGCUCAACAAGAAGGAGCACACGCGCAAGGAGAUCGAUGUGAUCAGCGUGCCCAGCAAGGAUCAAAUGGUGGUGCACGAACCCAAGUCCAAGGUCGAUCUCACUAAGUAUCUCGAGAAUCAGAUCUUCAGAUUUGAUUACGCGUUCGACGAAACGUGCAACAACGAGAUAGUGUACAAAUACACGGCCAAGCCGUUGGUGCAAACGAUCUUCGAGGGCGGUAUGGCCACGUGUUUCGCGUACGGCCAGACCGGUAGCGGUAAAACUCACACCAUGGGCGGCGACUUCAAUGGUAAGACGCAGGACUGCAAGAAGGGCAUCUACGCCAUGGUUGCCAAAGACGUAUUCAAGUGCCUGAAAUUGGCAAAGUAUCGGCCCCUGAAUCUGGUCAUUUCCGCUAGCUUCUUCGAGAUCUAUUCCGGCAAGGUGUUUGAUCUCUUGGCGGACAAGGAGAAGCUGAGAGUCCUGGAAGAUGGCAAACAGCAGGUGCAAAUAGUUGGCUUGACGGAAAAGGUUGUGGAAACUUGCGAUGAGGUGCUAAAGUUAAUACAGCACGGAAAUAGCGCCAGAACGAGCGGUCAGACGAGCGCCAACUCCAACUCUUCGAGAUCGCACGCGGUAUUCCAAAUAAUAGCGCGUAUCCCGGGAACGCACAAGGUGCACGGGAAGUUCUCGCUCAUCGAUCUCGCUGGUAAUGAAAGGGGUGCUGACACGUCGUCUGCUAAUAGACAGACUCGAAUGGAAGGUGCUGAGAUCAAUAAAUCUUUAUUAGCGUUAAAAGAAUGUAUACGUGCGUUAAGCCGUAAGGGCACGCAUUUGCCUUUUAGAGCGAGCAAAUUGACUCAAGUGUUGAGGGACAGUUUUAUCGGUGAAAAAUCAAAGACAUGCAUGAUAGCAAUGAUUAGUCCUGGAAUGAGUUCCUGCGAGCAUUCCUUAAAUACGUUGAGAUACGCAGAUCGGGUGAAGGAAUUAGCGGCGACGGAUCCUACAGAAAUAAAAGCUUCGCCGACGGAUGACGAUCGGGGUAUAAAGAUCGAGGAACAGGCAAACAACAGUGUGUUAUCGGAUAGCGAUUUAGCGCAGCUUCGAUCUCUCAACGAAGGUGAACUAUCACAAGAUCUAUACACCUUCCACGAAGCGGUAUCCGCUCUGCAGUUGCUCGAAGAAGAAGUGUUGGAUACACACAAAUUGGUCAUGGAUGAUACGACGAAAUUCCUUAACGACUCCCACAGCUUGUUCAGUGCGACUCAUGAAGUGGACUACGACCAAGAAGAUUUGAGGCGGAAAAGAACAAAGUUUGAGUCACCCUACCUGAGGAGUUUCUCGUUGCGUAGACGUCUUAUAGAAAGAAAACUAUUUUCCGAUGUAUAUGCCCAAAAGUGGGAGCAGUUGCUAAUACAGCAACGUGACAAUCUAAACAUCGCGCUCGAUCAAGUGAGCCAGUUCCGCGGGCAACUGUUGCAAGAAGAACAAAUCAGUCAAAAGAUGACCCGAACGCGCAACGUUUCAACGCGAUACAAUUAAGGAUGCGGUAUAACUUUUUAGCAAAUGCGAAAAAAAAAACAUAUAUUAUAUAUUAUAUAUUAUAUAUUCUGAUUUCAUAAUUGAUGUGUUUAUUAUUCGUGGUGCUUUGCAUUUUGAAAACAGAAAAAUGAUAACAUAUGAAUGCGUAUCAACGCAUUGUUCACGGCUUAAAAUUUCUGCGGUAGCAAGAAGGCCUCAAAAAGAUGUAUAGCGCGAAAAAAGACACAAGAAUAAUUAUCUCUCUUAUUGGUUCUUAUGUUAUCAAUCUUAAUUAUAUAUAAUAUAUAAUAUAUAUUAUAUAUAUCUGGUUUCUCGUAAUAAUAUUAUAUUUACCAUUUUAUACCUAAGAAAUAAGUGUUAUUCAGAUUACGUAUUUUGUGUUCUUAUUCGUGAUAAUUCAUUUCGAAGGUAGACAGAUGGUACACAAAUACGUAUCGACGCAUUAUUGACGGCUUAAAGUUUCAUUUUUUGUGCAACUCCAAAAAGAAACUUGGUGUAGAUAAAGGUAAGAAUAAUUAUUUGUUAUUGGUUCUUAUGUGUUUUUGAUCUUUAUCAUAUUACACAUUAUAUAUUAUACAUAUUAUGUAUGUAAUAUGAUCAAAAUCGAGAAUCAUAAGAACCGGUGAGACAUAAUUACUCUUGUGUCUACUUACAUCACGUUUUAUAUCUUUUUAGAGUUGCACCGAGAUUGUCACAGAAAUUUUAAGCUGUCAAUAAUGUGUCUGUAUGCAUUCGUGUACCACUUGUCUGUUUUCGACAUAAAAGUAUCGCUAUAAAUAAUAACACAAAUUACGAAAUCAGAAUAACGAUUCUUUUCAGGCUAUAGAAUUCUAAAUGUACUAUUAUUACGAGAGAUCCAGUGUUAUUACUGAACGGAGGAAGAAAAAGCCUUAGUUAGCCGAUUUGCCAGAAAGAACAGAAAUAUAUCACGACGAUACUACAUUCAUUCACACACGCAUACAUACGAACAAGCAUAGUGAUCGAUAUUCGUAAACCAAAUAACGACUGAUUUCGAGAAAAAAAAUGUAACUGUUAGCUCGUAAGAAGAAAACUGCACAGCGGCGUUUAGCCAGCCCCGGAUGUUUAAGUUUCUUAGUAUUAAUAUCGUUGAUGGCAUAGAAGAACGGUCCUUUUUUCUUACGUUAUUAAAAAUAUGAGAUUAAAAUCUUCAUUUGAUUUGUCAAAUACAUAUUCUUGUGUUUUCUUCCCCACUCUACUGAAACACUCACAGAAUGGUUUUAACGUGCGUGUAAAUUUUACGUCCAAUGAAACACCGUCGAUUUUUAUCACAAUUAUAACUACUUGCGUAAAGCUUGUGAAUUUUACGCUUCACGGACAUAUUGUCUUCUUUCGACGAAAAAAAAAAUCAAAUUUUGCUUCGUAAAAUCUCAUGUUUUCCAGUUUUUCAUCAUUGCACUAUAGACCAUAGAGAAUUAAGAAAAUCAAUAUAAUGCGUGAAUCACACAUUGCAGUUUAUCUCUCUCUCUCUCUCUUGAAAAUUUCAUUCUAAAUAUCCCAUUCCUGUGUAAAGCUCUCGUGUUGGACUUGCGAGGAAUGAACGUUUAACAAGGUGCGAUUUUUACCUAAAUAUAUAUAUAUAUAAAAUACUCAUAGCACGAAGUUGUAAAAAAAUGUUUAAAUCUAUUGUUAAAGCAAAAGUAAAUGAUAUGAUUAUAUCUGCCGCCGAGGGCAUUCUUUUAAUUUAAUUUAAUAUCGAGUAUUUAUAAUAACCCGAAGCUGCGAGUCUAUUACUAUGCUUUACUUGUUGAAAGUUUGUUGAAAACGUUCUUUGUUACAUAUCCGAUGUUUCUCGAUGGCUAAUAAGUAUGUAUCGUCUAAAUUAAUGAAUAUUGAACGUUUUCGAUGUAAUUUACUGCUCUCAAGCAUAGUUGAAGCAUAUAAAUAAUUCUAUCGUCGAGAUUUAUAAUUGGCCGAACUUUUUUUAGACUGUAAAACAAUUGCAUUUUAUCGUCUUAAAUAUAGUAUUUUUUCAAUAAAUAGUGGGCGUAAUAGGCGAAGCUGAACGAUCGAGAGAUGUUAAUAUAUUUCUUAUUUUUUUAUAAUCAAAUAAUUUAUGCAGAAGGAGAUGAGAAAUCAAACACAACACGUAUCCUCUUGCCCCCUUUUCCCCGAUAUAUGUCGUACUUAGCAAUUGAUCUCCAAUUAUUUUAAUUCAAUGUGCACAGAAAGAUUUUUGGAUACGUAUGAGCUUUAUGAAUGAACGUUGUUGCUUUAUGAAUGAAAUAAAUUAAAUUGAAAAAUAAAAAUUAUCCUAUAGCUUCUCA